UUUCCCCUUGUUGUUGGCGGCUCCUCCUUCUCUUCUGCCGCCGCCGCUGGGCCCGGCCCCGGCCCGUGUCCCCGCCGCCCAGCCCCGGGGCAGGUCGGGCACGACGGCGCGGCACGAGGCGUAGCCGUAGACGUCCUUGCUGCGGAGGAUGACCGGCGAGAACUCGUGCUUGAGGCUGCAGAGGAAGUCCCAGAGCUCGGCGUCGGAGCUCAUGAAGGCCGUCGAGCGGGGCAGCAGCUGCUUCAAGGCGUCGCCCAGCGCUUUGGUGCCGCUGCCGAAGAGGGCCUGCGAGCGCGAGUGCACCACUUUCUCCGAGGCCGCCGGGCCGGAGCCCGGGGCGGCGGGCGGAGGCAGCCCUGCCGCCUUCCCUCCUCCUCCUCCGAGGCCGCCGCCUCCUCCCGCCGGCUUCAUGCCGGCUCUAGCGCCACGGCGGCGGCGGCGGCUGGUGCUGCUGCUGCUGGCUCGCGGCCUCUCUCUCCAGCGCCGCCAGCGGCCGGCCAGCAGCUCCUGCGAGCUAGGACUUCGCAGCAGGAAUAUCAGCCCUCCUCCUCCUCCUCUUCUUCUUUUCCUCCUCCUCCUCCUCCUCCUCUUCUUCUCUUCCUCCUCCUCUUCUUCUUCCUCCUCCCCGCCGAGAGUCACUUUCUUUUCUUCCUUCGCCUUCUUGCUUUCUCUUUGGGGCGCAACUUCUGCGCUGCAACAGGGCGGGCGGAGGCGCCGAGCGAUGCACGAUGCACCACGCCCUCCUCCUCCUCCUCCUCCUCCUCUUCUUCUUCUUCCUCCUCUUCCUCCUCCUGCCCGACGGCCGGCACAAAAUGGAGUUCUUUUUAAAGCCCCUGCGGGGAGGUUGCUGAGCCUCACGCCUAUCUGGAGCCUUGGCUUGAGUGGAUUGGCCCGUUUGAAUUGCGUCACGGCGGAGAAGCCCCGCCCCUGGAGUAGCAGAGCCCCUCGGAAACUCCGAGGAACUUCCUGUGGCAUGGAGUUGGAGAGCGGCGAUGAAGCUGUGGUUAUGAGAGAUGACAACAAGCGACGCAGGAGGAGGAGGAUGAAGCCCUACUGUACGGCCAACACUUUGUCGUCCACGGAACUCAUCUCCAUUGAGUUUGUUUUCCCCACCACCAGCCUCGUCCUUGACGUUGCUACCAACUGCACGGUCGAGCAGAUGAAAGCGCAGGUCUGGAUGCAGGCGAUGGAAGGCCACCAGACCUCAGAAGUCUUCCGCAAGCUCACGCCGGAUCAGUUUCUCCUCCUGUAUCAGAAGAAGGGCCAGUGGUAUGAAAUUUACGACAAGCACCAGAUCAUGCAGACCCUGGAUUGUAUCUUAUACUGGAAAGUCUUGCAGAAGAAAGUGGGCAAGAUCCACGUGAUUGAGAAGCCCAGCCCCUCGGAGGAAGUUCAGGAAUUCCAAAGACAGCUCAAUUAUUUGAUUGGCUACGACGUCACCGACGUGAGCAACGUGCACGAUGACGAACUCGAGUUUGCCCGCCGUAGACUGGUCACUCCGCGGACGAUUGAAGUAUCCUGCCGAGACCCCAAAUUGUACUCCAUGCACCCUUGGACUACAUCCAAGCCACUUCCGGAAUAUUUGCUGAGUAGAAUUGUCAACAAUACUAUUUUUAUCAAUAUCCACCGAGGAACCACCAGCCAGAAGAUUAAAGUCGGGGUGGACGAUACCCCGGAGGUUAUCCUUCAGAGCUUCUUCACCAAAAUGGCGAAGAAGAAGUCUUUGAUGAAUAUUCCCGAAGAUUACAGCGAGCUCGAUUUUGUCCUAAGAGUGAGUGGCCGAGACGAGUACAUUGUGGGAGAGACACCCAUCAAAAACUUCCACUGGAUUAGACAGUAUCUGAAAAAGGGGGAAGAAAUUCAUCUGGUCCUGGAUGAACCACCGGACCCGAACCAGGAUGAAGUUCAGAAAGAAGAAUGGCCCUUGGUCGAUGAUUGCACCGGAGUUUCGGGAUAUCAUGAGCAACUUACCAUCCAGGGCAAAGAUCACGAAAGGGUGUUCACCAUAUCCUUGUGGGACUGCAACCGUAAGUUCAGGGUCAAGGUUAUCGGCAUCGAUAUCCCCGUCUUACCAAGAAACACAGACCUUACUGUCUUCGUGGAGGCUAAUAUUCAACAUGGCCAACAGCUCCUUUCCCAGAGGAGAACCACUGCGAAGCCGUUUACCGAAGAGGUUCUCUGGAACGUUUGGCUUGAGUUUGACAUCAAGAUCAAGGACCUUCCCAAAGGGGCGUUGCUCACCCUGCAAAUAUAUUGCGGCAAAACUCCGGCGCCGUCCACCAAGGGGAACCUCCAUUCCUACGAUUCGCCAUCUUCUGAUCCCAAGUACAAAACUCAGCUUCUCUACUACGUCAACCUCUUGCUGAUAGACCACCGCUCUCUCCUCAGAACGGGGGACUACGUGCUUCACAUGUGGAAAAUUCCGGGCAAGGGGGAAGAGCAAGGAAGCAUAAACGCGGACAAGCUGACUUCGGCCACCAAUCCGGAUAAAGAAAACUCCAUGGCUGUUUCGAUUGUGUUGGACAAAUACUGCCACCCCAUCGCCUUGCCCAAACACAAGAUCGCGUCGGAUCCUCAAGGGGACAGGGCCAGAGCCGAAAUGCCAAACCAGCUGCGGAAACAGCUGGAGGAGAUCAUCGCUACGGAUCUCCUCAACCCGCUCACCCCGGAAGACAAAGAAUUAUUGUGGCAUUUCAGGUACGAAAGCAUAAAGCACCCGAAGGCGUACCCUAAGUUGCUUAGUUCAGUGAAAUGGGGGCAGCAGGAACUAGUAGCUGAAACUUACCAACUGCUAGCUAAAAGGGACGCAUGGGACCAGAGCGCUUUGGAUGUCGGCUUGCCAAUGCAACUUCUGGACUGCAACUUUUCGGAUGAAACCGUGAGAACGAUGGCUGUGCAAAAGUUGGAAGCCUUAGAAGACGACGAGGUGCUUCACUACCUCCUACAGCUGGUUCAGGCUGUAAAAUUCGAGCCUUACCAUGAUAGUGCCUUAGCUCGAUUCCUUCUAAAGCGCGGCUUAAGAAACAAGCGGAUCGGACACUUCCUGUUUUGGUUUCUGAGAAGCGAGAUUGCUCAAUCCAUGCAUUACCAGCAACGGUUUGCCGUGAUCUUAGAAGCGUAUCUGAGGGGCUGUGGUAAAGCGAUGCUGAAGGACUUCCUCAAGCAGGUCCAAGUGACGGAGCUGCUGCACAAGGUCACGAGGGACAUCAAGGCCGCCUCAGCAGAGAAGUACGACGUCACUCCUCAAGUCAUCACGCAGCUCAAACAAAAGCUGGAGAGGUUACAGGAGAACAAGUUUCCAGAAUGUUUUAGAGUUCCAUAUGACCCUGGACUCAAAGCAGGGGCCUUGGUGAUAGAAAAAUGUAAAGUAAUGGCAUCCAAGAAAAAACCUCUUUGGCUGGAAUUCAAGUGUGCGGAUCCAACUUCUCUCUCCAGCGAGACCAUCGGCAUCAUCUUCAAACACGGCGACGAUCUGAGACAGGAUAUGCUCAUUUUACAGAUACUUCGAAUAAUGGCGUUGAUAUGGGAAGAAGAUUCCUUAGAUUUAUGUUUAUUACCUUAUGGCUGUAUUUCUACGGGGAAUAAAAUAGGCAUCAUUGAAAUUGUAAAGGAUGCGAAUACGAUUGCCAAAAUCCAGCAAAGCACAGUUGGGAACACCGGGGCGUUUAAAGAUGAAAUACUAAACCAGUGGCUUAAGGAGAAGUGUGUCAUUGAAGAAAAGUUUCAGGCGGCCGUGGAGCGAUUUGUAUAUUCUUGUGCAGGCUAUUGCGUGGCAACCUUUGUCCUUGGAAUAGGGGACAGGCACAACGACAACAUUAUGAUCACGGGAUCAGGUAAUCUGUUUCAUAUUGACUUUGGCCAUAUUCUUGGCAAUUACAAAAGCUUCCUUGGAAUUAAUAAGGAAAGAGUUCCUUUCGUCUUAACACCCGAUUUUCUUUUUGUCAUGGGGACUUCCGGAAAGAAAACGAGUCUGCGUUUUCAGAAUUUCCAGGAUAUUUGCGUGCGGGCUUAUCUCGCUCUUCGGAAACACAGCAAUCUCCUCAUCAUCCUCUUUUCCAUGAUGCUCAUGACGGGGAUGCCCCAGCUGACCAGCAAGGAAGACAUCGAAUAUAUCCGCGAUGCGCUGACGGUCGGCAAGCACGAAGACGACGCGAAGAAGUAUUUUCUCGACCAGAUUGAGGUUUGCCGGGACAAAGGCUGGACAGUGCAGUUCAACUGGUUUCUCCAUCUGGUGCUCGGAAUCAAGCAAGGCGUAGAAAAACAUUCUGCCUAAAUAGGGCACUGCAGUACAGGUAGUCCUCAACUUAUGACCCCCACAUUCCAGCUGCUAAGCAAGACAAUUGUUAAAUGUGAGCUUGGCCUCAUUUUACGGCCUUCCUUGCUUAGUGGUUCAGGAAAUCCCUGCAGUUCUUAAAUUGUUAAGUGAAAUCUGUCUUCCCCCAUUGACUUUGCUUGCCCGAAGGUCGCAAAAGGGGAUCACGUCACACACACACACACACACACACACACACACACACAGGGACGCUGCAAAUGUCAUAAAUACUUGCCAAGCUUCCGAAUUUUGAUUACAUAAACACCAGGAUGCUACAGCAUCCUAAGUG